AUGGAUGAAGAUUUAAAUAAAGAAGCAGCUGCAUACACUUUACAGAACUCCUCAGAAGCUUUGCUUUCUAUUCAGCGAUUAGAUUUCAAAACGAGUUUUCUGGAAGUAGUUGAAGAAUUGCGUAUGAGAAGAGAGGCAGAAAUUCAUUAUGAGAAGCAAAUUAGCAACUUUGUUAUUGAAAAACAGGAACUUGUAUGGCAACAGGAAGCUCUUCAAUAUCAGAUUGAAACAUUAAAAAAGCAGCAUUCAGAAGCCAUGAUAGCCUUUAAAAAACAGUUUCAAGCAAGAAUAUUUGCUACUGAAGAAGAAAAGGGGAGGUAUCUACUUGCUGAAGAAUCAAAAGAAAGAGAAAUUCAAGGACUGAAAGAAACAUUAAAAAUGUUGCAGAUUUCAAAAUAUACCUUACAAAACAAGCUUAAUGAAAUGGAACAAACAUUGCAGUUGCACAUGCUGGCAAAAGAAGACCACCAAAAGAGCCUAAAUGAAGUAGAAAAAUGCUAUGCAGUUAUUACAUGUCAAUUUGGAACCAUUAAAGGAACACAUGAGAGAUUAGAGCAGAAUGUUGUAGAAGCAAUUCAGGUCAAUAAGAAAUUGAUAGCAGUGAAUAAAAGGCAAGAAUCUGAGAUAGAUAAUUUAAAAGAGGAACUGAAGAAAGUCACUGCUGAUUUAAUAAGGUCUAAUGUCACUUUCCAGCAAAGAGCAGGAAAAGAAAAUCUCAGUCUUUUAGCAAAGGAACAGGAUUUGCAAAUGCUACAGCAAAAAUUAUCAAUGAUGACUGAAUUAAAUACAAAAUUCACUAAAGAAAAUGAACACUUGAAAAAAGAGAAGCAGACCCUUGAAAGAGAUAAUGAGCUGCAAAGGGAGAAGACAAAAGAAAAUGAAGAAAAGUUCCUUAAUCUUCAGCAUGAACAUGAGAAAGCUCAAGCAACUUGGAAAAAUGAAAUUCAACAGUUGUCUACUGAAAAUGAAACACACAGCAGUCAGAAAGAAAACAAAUAUACACAAGCAACAACCAAAGUUUCUAAUAAUCUUGAAUUAGAAAAAAUGGAAGUAAACAAUACUGUAACUUCCUCUUUGGAUUCUGAUGAAAUACACAUGGAACAAAAUUACGCAGUUAUAAAUGCAAGGGAAAUGAAUUUAAUCAGUGUUGAAGAUUUAAAUUACUUUGAAAAUUGUGUGAAUGAAGAUGAUAUAGCUUGUCUUUGCAAACAAAACCAAAGGGAGGAUUCUGAAAGCAACCCCCUCUGCAUGCUCAGUUUCAUUAUGCCAGGGCUGACCUCUGGGUCAUGUGUUGCUGAGUGUGAAAAAGCAGCUGCUAAUGAAAAAGAAGACCAUUUUUUGUCUGAUGAAAUAUAUACAAGAGUAGAAAUUAGUCCCCCAAACAGUUGCCACUCCAUGGUACCAGUCAAAGACCCUAAGUUGCUCUCAGAAACACUCAUUUCUAAGACAAAUGAAAACAUCAGCAAUGCAUCCCAUGAAUGUUCCUUCUCAAGUGAAUCACUUGAUAAAAAUUCCACUAUUCAGGACAACACUGUCAGUGAGAAAACUACAAAUAACCAAACUAAGACUAAAGUUAAUUCUGACAUCUUGUCACAGAAAAUAGAGAAUAAUCGCCCUACCUCCCACAGUGGUGGCUUACAGCAAUCUAGUGAUAUUGGUAAAGCAGAAAAGGUGACAUCAGUUCACAGCACUCACUGUGUAACCUCUAACAUCGAUUUAUAUAAACAGUUUAAUACUUCUCAUGAAGAAAUACAUAUUGAUGAUCCAUGCAAAAAUAAUAAAUGUAAGUUCGGCAGUACUUGCAGCACACCAGAGAACAUUCCACAUUUGCAUGCCUCUGUCUGUAACAGAGUAGUUCAUGUUGCCAAUGAUGACAACACCAAUUAUAUGCUUCUGGAGGAGAACUUAAAUGUAAAUGCUGAAGAAUUAUCUAAACAUGCUGAUGUAAAUGAGAUACCAAAUGAGCAGCUAGAAGAAGACAGGUUGAGACUGCCAGAAAUGUUUAUAAAGACACCUAAGCAAAGAAACGAAGUUUUGCCUCUCAGCACUAAAAAUGAAUCUCAGGCUGUAGAUUUGAAAAUCGAAAAAAAUACCAACAAUAAACAAACAGAAUUCCAGGCUUCCAAAGCUAUGAGUGAACAAUUUCUAGUAAUGAAUGAUAAAGAAACUAUAGUGUUAAAAGACAAGCAAGAGUCAUUAUGCACUACUGUUACAAGGAAAAUGACCGAGGAAGAAAACAUGGAGGAAUUGUCUUCUUUAUCCAUAAAAACAUCUGGCACUUUAUUAAGUAGAAAUGGCAAGUUAUCCUUUGAUCUGCUGAGUAAGGAUAAAACUGUGAAAAAAUCAGCAUGCUUGGAUUUACCAAGAGGAUGUCAAUGUGAAAGUCAGAUUGUGUCUUCUUCAACUUCCAGAGUGCCUUUCUUUUUGAAAGAGCAACUAAGUAUUCAAGAUAUAAAAAAUACCCAUUCAAGAAAAAUUGGGGAGAAUAUAAACAUAAAAGGUGCUGAAAAAACAGAAAAAACAAUACUUCAGUGCCUCCUCACCAUUACUCUGGCUCUGUGGGAGGUGAUUACUAUCCACAAACCAGUUUCUGUGCCUACUUGA